UAAAAUUAGCAGUGUUGUUUGUUGCCAUUAGUGGUGCAAUAGUCAGUCUGAAAACCAGUUAUAAAAAAUUAAAGCAAUGUUGUCACACCGGCAUUUUCCUGUAAAACAUCGAACAAGUCAUCAGCUGUGAAAUGGAAGCCCUCUUACUCCCUCAAAUCCAUUCGUUUGGGCAUCAUCAAAGGGAAGGCGCUAUGAUGUGCUACAGCCCUGUUUCUACAUUUGGCGAUGAUUUCACCCUAAUUCUUCGCCAAAAUACGCUUCCUCAGGAGAGCAAAUUUAAUCCGGGAGAAUCAGAAGAAAUGCAGCCACUUUCUAAGAUGGAAGAAACUAUUGAUUCAUUCACAUUUAUAGAAGAUACAACCACAUCAAAUGAAAAGGAGGAAAAUAAAAGACUUGAGGAGGACAAAAAGGUCGAAAUUGUUCCAGACACAGGCAGGAGGUAUAAGAAGUGUGAAAUUCCUGAUGAUAUUUUAGAAAAGUAUGGUUCAAAAUCACGCAAAAAGACAAAGAAGAAGGAAAAGAUUGAGAAAAAGGGAAAGAGAUGGAAAUACUUACCUAAUGAUGAAAUGGGAUUUAAAAUCUCACUCUUUCCUAGACCAGUGUGUGACAAUGUUAGUAUUGAUUGUGAUGCCCAGGAGCUUUACUUGAAGAUUGAGAAUGAAUGUGAUGAAAUGGAGAGAUUGACUGAGAAAUUUGAAGAAUUCCAAGAGAUGGAGGGAUGUAUGAGUGGAAAUAUGAAAAUAGAAAUCCGUGCUGAUCGGGACAGAAAAGUGGAGAAAGCGCACAAACAAAUAAAAACCAAACAUUGUCUUAGCAUUCAGAACAAUAAUGGACGAAAACAUCUAUACAUUAAUCACAGAGUUUACAAACUAAUGUCUAUGGAAAUCACAAUAAGCCUUAAUUGUAUGCCAAGUAGAAAGAAAGAGAAGAUAACUUUAAGCAGAGAAGAAUUAAAGAAGACCAAAACCAUAAAACCAAAAGGUUCCCAUUCUGAUGUGGUAGCUCCACGCCCCCCACCUCAAAACCUGGCCUAUGCUCUAGAUAAUUACAACGCCCCCUCAGACUUUGACAGUGCUGUAGUAAACAUUCUGAUCGGAUUGCAACACCGAGACCUUACCCCUGAGGAUUAUGAAUUACUACUCAGACUGGAUGAACAAGUGGCCCCUAAAACUGUGUCAUCCACCACCAUUAAAAACUUUAAAACAGAGACUAUUGAUGAGACUUCAGCUGGUGCCUUGUGUGCUAUUUGUAUGGAGGUCUAUGAAAUAGGCCAGACUCGUAAAUUUCUUCCCUGUAAUCAUGAGUUUCACUCCAGCUGUAUUGAGAUGUGGCUAACUAACUCUUCUGUGAACUGUCCAAUUGAUAAUUUACCAGUGGAACCAUCUUGAUAAAAUGUAUUAAUUAAUCCACAUUGCAUAUUUAAUUUAUAUGUGUAUACUUAAACUUUUACAAGAUAUAAUAAAGGAUAAAAUAUAUGUAAA